GAGGAGCUGCCAGAGGACACCACCAAGACCCCCUCACCGGACCACCGAUGGUUGCAGCUGACGGAUGUGGACAGCAGCUCCGAGAGCGACCGAGGCAGCCCCUCCGAGGAGGACGACCUGGGCUCGGAGGAAGCCCCCACCCCACUGACGGAGUUCCUGGCCCUCAAGCGGGAGGCGGCCCUUGCCGAGAGGGAGAUGCUGUGUGGAAAGCCCCCGGAGUCGCCCCUGGUGCAAAUGAUGCUGCAGCUCUUCUCCUUCCUGGAGCGCUACUCCCAGCUGCAGCAGCUGCAGGAGAAGGCCGGCGAGUAUCGUUCGCGCCUCCACUGGCAGGAGGGCCGUUGGCGCCGGCAGAUGCGGGGGCUGAAGAGGGCCUACCAGCAGCGGGUGAAGGACAAGCUCAGCGUCAUCCAGAGCCUGGAAGCCAUCAUCCUGGAGCAGCAGGGCCUCCUGGAGAAGGUCCAAGCAGGCUCAAAGCCGCCGUCCCCUGGGCUGCUCUGCCCCGUGGCCCCCAGGGGCCUGCAGCAGCUGGUGGAGUCCCUCACUGCCCUCCAGGGAGAGCGGAGCCACCUGGCCGAGGAGGUGGUGGGUCUCCAGCGGCGGGUGGAAGAGCGAGAGAGGGAGAAGCAGCAGCUGGCCAAGAGCCUCCACCACCAGAUCCAAGGCCUGAAGCAGCAGAUCCGGGCGCAGGAGGAGGAGGAACAGGAGCAGCUGCGCCUGGGCCGGGGUGUGACUGACUCUGAGAAGCGGAUCCACAACCUGACCGUGGAAAACGAGGGUCUCAAGCAGAGUCUCCAGCUCUCCCAGGGGCUCCUGCAGCAGGCGGCUGCCAUCUCUGCCCAGCCCUCUGCUCUGAUGGCCACGGAAAACGAGGCUCUUCGCCACAAAGUGCUGCAGCUGGAGGCCAGCCUGCAGCAGAAGGUGGGCGAACUGAUGUGCCUGGAGGGGCGCAUGGACCAGCUGCAGUGGCGCAGGGAGGAAGAGGUGCGGCAGCUGGACGAGCAGCUGUGCGGGCUCCGGCUCCCUCCGCAGAGUCAGAAGAGUCCCCCUCCUGAGGUCCAGGGGCUGCAGGCGGGUCCUUCUUCGCAGGCGCUGGAGGCUUUGGCCAACGCGGAGGCACAGAACAGGGCCCUCAUGCAACAGCUGUCCUCCCAGGUGCAGCGGUGCCAACAGCUGGCGGAGCAGCUGCAGAGCUCGGAGGGGGCGGCGGCUGCCCUCCAGCACAAGAUCUCUGCCUACGAGAAGGAGGUCUCCGGGCUGCGUCGGGAGCUGCUGCUCGAGAUCCGUCAGCUGGAGGAGCAGAAGGAGGCGGCUGUGCAGGAGGCUUCCCGGGAGGCCGAGGAGAGCGCUCAGCCCAUGCGGAAGCAGCUGGCAGGAAUGAAGCAGCAUCUGCACACCCUCCGCCCCCUCCUCCAAGGGCUGCAGCUGGACUUCCGGAACAUCCAGGGGGAAAUGGGGAGUUUUGCCCACUGUUACAAAGCCGCCGUGGAGGAAGCCAAGAUGCAGAUGUUCUCCGUGAUCAGGGAAGUGGCGCAGAGCAGCCAGUGUCUGCAGGAGCGUUACCUGCGGGAGGUGCAGCUUCGCAAGAAAUACCACGACCAGCUGCUGGAGCUGAAAGGCAACAUCCGGGUCCUGUGUCGCCUGAAGCCGCUGACCGAGGAGGAGCAGCAACAGGGGGCUCCCGGGGGCCCCAGGGUAGAAGCCGGCUCGGCCGAGGAUGGCUCUGUGACCGCCAGCUACAAGGGGAAGGAGCACCACUUCAAGCUGGACAAGGUCUUCCCCCCCUGCGCCUCUCAGGAGGAGGUCUUCCUGGAGAUUGAGCCGGUGGUCCUGUCUUGCCUGCAAGGUUACAACGUUUGCAUCUUCGCCUACGGACAGACGGGCUCGGGGAAGACUUACACCAUGGAGGGGGUCCCGGGGAAUCCGGGGAUCAACCAGCGGGCCCUGCGAGCUCUCCACCAGGAGAUGGAGGCCAAGCAGGCGCAGGGAUGGCACUUCUCAGUCCACCUCACCAUGGUGGAGAUCUACAAUGAGGUGAUCAGAGACCUCUUGACCAAGGACCCCCAGGAGAAAUUAGAUAUCAAGUUGCAUCCCGACGGGAGCGGUCAGCUUCACAUCCCGGGACUCACCAGUAUGGAGGUGCAGAACCUCUCUGAGAUUCAGAAGAUUCUCCAGAUGGGAAAACGGAACCGGAGGACCUUCUCCACCCACAUGAACGCGCACAGCUCCCGGUCGCAUGCUCUGCUCACCCUCACGCUUACGGGCACGGAGCUGGCUAGCGGCACCAAGGUUACAGGGAAGCUGAACCUGGUGGACCUGGCUGGCUCAGAGCGGGUCUGGAAGUCCGGGGCGCAGGGAGAGCGCCUGAAGGAAGCCCAGAGCAUCAACCGGUCCCUUCUGGCCCUCGGGGAGGUCAUCCAGGCCCUGCGCACCAAGCAGGCCCACGUGCCCUUCCGCAACUCCCGGCUCACCUACCUGCUGCAGGACUCCCUGGGGAAGGGCAGCAAGACCGUCAUGAUGGUGCAGAUUUCCCCCCUGGAGAAGAACCUGGGCGAAUCCAUUUGCUCUCUGAAGUUUGCCCAGCGGGUCUGCAAAGUGGAGCUGGGCCCGGCCUCCCGUCGCAUCAAGGCCCCCGAGCAGCGUGAGGUCUGA